AUGACGCCUCCACCGCUCACUACAUGUCGGCGACGAGACUCUCCAGCCUUCAAUAAUGCUCGAGUCGAGUCUGAAGCCGCUGGUACUCUCAUUGAAGACGAUGCAAUCGAGCAUACAUUCCAGAAUUUGUCGCAAAUCUACACCCCACCUCACAUUCGCUUUUACGACGCGACCGCACUCGGCUUUCGAGCCACCGCUCAGCGGCUCGCCCAGGAGAUUCCCACCGAGUUUCCAGUUGCAUCAUACCUGGAUCUGGGUGCGGGGACCGGGAUCACGACCAUAGCAUGCGCCAAAUGCCUGAUACAGUUGAGGCAGGAGUUCGAAGUAGUCCUGAUAGAUGGAUUGAGAGCCAUGUUGGACCAAGCCUUAGAAAACUGGCAUAACGAAAUACCGCAGACUGCUUUACGCAACAGCAUCUCCGCAUUUCACGACGACAUCUUCAACUUCUCUCCAAGAAUACUAAGCCAAAUCAGCACCGACUGCGGCUUCACUACCUUCUCCCUUAUCACCGCCGAACGAGUCCUCCUGAAUGUCCGAAAAAAUCAACGAGUCCAAAUUCUCCGGUAUUGGGCAACAUACCUCAGCCCAGGGGGGAAAUUGAUCUUGGACAUACCCCACCCAGGACGCCGCUGCGGGGCCACGUAUAUCGGAGCCGGAUCAGUAUCCCCAGGCGUGCACCGGGCACCUACCUUGGAGGUUUGCAGGACGAUGGUGGACGAAGACACGUGGGUGGAGUGCCGUGCGUACGCACAAGAACUUGCACGAGACACCGGUCUUAUAAUUACGAACCAAAUGCCGCAACACCUGCCAGAGAGUGGAUGUGAAGACGAUUAUCCGGCGUUCCUGUCUUGGCUUGCUGGAUGUCGAGCUCCAACCCUGAACGAUCCACUAACUCGAGCCCAGCUUACAUGGUUCACUAACCGCUACGUAGAAGCCGCUUGCGGACACUACAAAGCCAAUAGCUUUCUGUGUUGUGCAGACAUCGCCGCUGUUAUUGCCGUGCUCGAGCGUCCACCCCCGAUGACUACUAAAAUCCCAGACCCACCCGUCUCAGCGCUUCAAUCCCACACCAAGUACAAGAUCGAUGAGACACGCCAUGGCAAGGACCGUAAGAAGGCGAUCAAGCAGGCAGCAAAAGCAGAGAGGAAGGCUGCUGCUUGGGAGAAGAGAGACUAG